CAAAUGUUGUGAAAUAUAAACUUAUACAAUUAUUCCACAAUUACAAGAAAUCGAUAGAUAUUUUAAGUUUAUUAAGUCACAAACAGGUGUAUUUUAGAUUGUAAAGAUGACGGAGGUUUUGCCAGCAGAGGAGGCGCGACAGGACCGAGUGGAAACCAUAAUGAAAGGGUUUCAAGUUAAUUGGAUGAAUCUUCGAGAUGCAGAUUCAGGUAAAAUAAUGUGGCAGUACAAUGAAGACAUGUCCAACCCGAAUGUCGAGCACGAGGCCAGGGUGCCCAAGCGCAUCUUGAAGUGCAGGGUGGUGUCUCGAGAGAUGAACUUCAGUUCUGUCGAGGCUUUGGAGAGGUUCCGGUUGGAACAGAAAGUGCUGUUCAAAGGGCGGUGCUUGGAGGAGUGGUUCUUCGAGUUCGGCUACGUGAUCCCCAACUCCACCAACACGUGGCAGUCCGUCAUAGAGUCCGCGCCAGAGUCGCAGAUGAUGCCCGCCAAUGUGCUCAAUGGUAACGUAGUAAUCGAAACGAAAUUCUUCGACGGGGACCUUCUGCUCACCACGUCACGGGUCCGCCUGUUUUACGUUUAGGUGCAUUUACUUUAAUACAUAUGUGCAUUUAUUUAUUAUUUGUUAAUAAAAUAUAUUUUGUAUUAAUAGCCGUUUGGUCUGUAAAAACAUAGAUUAAAUAUAAGAUCGUACCAUCCCAUACAUUAAUAUGCGACCGCCUAAGAACGCGCAUACACUACACCACACAUAGAUGGCGCCACAAAAAAAUGCCUUGUUGCC